AUGCAUAAUUACGUAUCCAUCACCCCCAAACGCUCACAAGACACCACGGAUGCUGGGUCCGCCUCCUCGGAGGUACUAGAAUCCAAGCGACGUCGUGUAGGUGUUUCAAUAGCCUGCAACGCUUGCCGUCGCAAAAAGAUCCGGUGCGACGGCCAAAGACCAGUUUGUUCGGCUUGUGAGAACACACAAAGCGAUUGCGUGUACAGGGAUGAUUCUGCAAUAUCGGAAGAGUCUCAAUCGCUACUCCUCGAAGUAAUCCGCCUGCUCAACGAACUUCCGGAAGACAAAGUCUUGGACAAGUUAAGGAGCCUGAAAAAAGAGGGUGACGCUUCCGCUGUCCUCUCUAGGUUAAGAGACAAAGCUGGCACUCUGCAGAAUUCUGAUCCCAGCUUCGAAGCGGCAACGAUGAGCGAUGCAUUUCAAUCCUUGGAGCUGGGACCUCAGUAUCCAAAUGCAUACCCUGCUACACCAAGUCUGAGCUUAGAAACUCUAGAAGAGGCUACGUACCAGCAGCUUGUACAUACAGCGAGGAGAGGCUCAGGUACCGAGUUUAUGCAAGGCACAACACAGCACGAAGCAGUACCCGAAGCAGAACCCGAACCUCCUCUUUGCGAUAGUCGUCUCGCCCAAUUAGAUAUAAGCAGUUGGACGAAUGUGAUAAUUAGUAAUGAGUAUGCUGCUCGUGCAAUCUCCCUAUAUCUGGAAACAGAUCAUCCCCUUUUGGGAUUCUUCGAACCCAACUCGUUUGUCUCUAGCCUCACGGCGGGCAAGACGGACUACUGCUCCUCAAUGCUUGUCAACGCGCUUCUUUAUUGGGCAUGCCAGCUGAAGAAUGCUCAAGACCCCGAUGGUGGCUCACUGGCACUUCGUUUCUGCACCGAGGCGGAGUCGCUCUGGGAAAGCCAACGCAGCUACGACUCAAUACUGAAUUUAGCAGCUGUGCAAUUCCUGAGUUUGGGUUACCUAGGUCAGGGGAGAGAUCACGUUGUCCUAGAAUAUCUCAACGAAGCAUCCCAGAUGGCCGUCCGUAUGGGCCUCCUUGGGGUUGGGGCAAACCACAAACAACAAAAAAUCGAGCUCAUGCCAGAACCAGAAAAGACUGCGCAGCUGUACGCGGCUUGGGGAUCUUUCAAUUGGAUUACCCACAUGUCUCUAUUUUACCGCCAACCAGGCCUGCAAUGCCCCAGGAUCCCGCCUAAACUACCUAUUCCUUGGAAUCACCAACCAGAUGUACCAGGAGAGCCCGAAAACUCAGACAAUCCCCAAGCCGAGCCUGAUCCCCAGCAUAAAGGGCCACUCGCGGGUGACCGGAGAACUCUGUACUUUGCAGAAUUCAAGUUUCGUGAAUUGCUAGCCUGGAGCAACCGCCUGCCGCUAAAACUGUCUCGAAACGAUCGAAGCCCGCAUUUUGUCCAAAUUUUACACAUAUGGCUUCAUGCCGCCAUCCUCGACUUGUUCAGGUUUUCAAUGUCUAGCGACUUAAAGAAUCAGCACCUGAAAACUUUCACCAGUCCUCAUAGCACUGCGGAAAAUGUCUGCAUCGCAUCGGCUCGCCAGCUUAAACAGCUCAUUAUAAAUUAUAGGCUCAACUUCGCCUCGUCAUCUUACACGAUACUAUGGCAUACGGCCUUGACUUACUUGGCCAACGCCGUUCUAAACCACCCCAAGGACGAAAAUUGGUUCUUUUACUUCUUGCUCUGCGUCUAUGGCUACGAACGACUUCGACCGUGUUGGCGUGUUACACGAGCUAUCUCGACAGCCCUUCUAUCGAUGGCUUUGCGUAAGGGAGACAUCACAAGCCCAACUGCGCGGCAAUUGCUGCACGAUAUUAAUGGCAACAAUAGCGGUUACCAGCUACCAGGAGACGUUAGAGCAACAUUCAUGAUGGACUUGGAUUUGGCAAAAUCUGAUCCUGAAUCCGCAACGGUUGAAAAGAUAGCGCAGGAUUUUGACCAGAAUCUUAUGCUUCAACAGUACACAAACAUCUUUGAUGGUAGACAAUAG